GCUCAGAGGUGUGGCUUGCCUUGUUCCGACGUUCUCAUUGGCCGGGUGCCGCCGUUGGGGGUGGGGCCGCGCCGGGGAGGACAACAAAGGGCCGCGGGCCGCGAGCGGCGGUGUUCGUGUUUCCCGGUUCUUCCCUCAGGCCGAGGCUCCUGGCCUCGCGCCCGCUUCACUCCAGAUGAAGUGUGAGCACUGCACGCGGAAGGAAUGUAGUAAAAAAACAAAAACUGAUGACCAAGAGAAUGUGUCAGUUGAUGCACCAACUCCAGCCCAGGAAAGUGGAGAGAAGGGAGAAUUCCACAAGUUGGCUGAUGCCAAGAUAUUUCUGAGCGACUGCCUGGCAUGUGACAGCUGCGUGACCGCAGAAGAAGGAGUCCAGCUUUCCCAGCAAAAUGCCAAGGACUUCUUUCGCAUUCUGAACCUUAAUAAGAAAUGUGAUACCUCAAAGCACAAAGUGCUGGUAGUGUCUGUGUGUCCUCAAUCUUUGCCUUAUUUUGCUGCUAAAUUCAACCUCAGUGUAACUGAUGCUUCCAGAAGACUCUGUGGCUUCCUCAAAAGUCUUGGGGUACACUACGUAUUUGAUACGACGAUAGCUGCAGAUUUUAGUAUCCUGGAGAGUCAAAAGGAAUUUGUGCGUCGGUAUCACCAGCACAGCGAGGAGGAGCACGCACUGCCCAUGCUGACUUCUGCCUGUCCUGGCUGGGUCCGAUAUGCUGAGCGGGUGCUGGGUCGCCCCAUAACGACCCAUCUCUGCACUGCCAAGUCCCCCCAGCAGGUCAUGGGCUCUUUGGUGAAGGAUUAUUUCGCCAGACAGCAGAACCUGCCUCCAGAGAAGAUUUUCCAUGUCAUUGUGGCCCCUUGCUAUGACAAGAAGCUGGAGGCUCUUCGAGAAGGCUUUUCUACUGCUUUGCAUGGUUCCUGGGGUGCUGAUUGUGUGUUAACGUCAGGUGAAAUUGCACAAAUAAUGGAGCAAAAUGACCUCUCAGUGAAAGAUGCUGCCGUCGAUACUCUGUUUGGAGACUUGAAGGAGGAAGAGGUGAUGCGCCAUGAUGGAGCCAGCUCAGAUGGAUACCUGGCACAUAUCUUCAGACAUGCAGCCAAGGAGCUAUUCAAUGAGGAUGUGGAGGAAGUUACCUACCGAUCCCUGAGAAACAAAGACUUCCAAGAAGUCACCCUUGAAAAGAACGGGGAGGUUUUGUUACGCUUUGCUGCCGCGUAUGGCUUCCGAAACAUCCAGAACAUGAUCCUGAAGCUCAAGAAGGGCAAGUUCCCAUACCACUUUGUGGAGGUCCUCGCAUGUCCUGGAGGAUGCUUAAAUGGCAGAGGCCAAGCCCAGACCCAGGACGGACAUGCAGACAAGGCUUUGCUGCGGCAGAUGGAAGGUAUCUACUCUGACAUCCCUGUACGACCCCCAGACUCCAGUGCACACGUGCAGGAGCUGUACCAGGAGUGGCUGGAGGGGACUGACUCCCCUAAAGCCCAGGAAGCGCUGCACACCACCUACCAGAGCCCAGAGCCCUGCACACACAGCCUGGACAUCAAAUGGUGAAGGAAGUCAGGCAGGGCCAUGCAGCUGCUCUGGUGGCCAGUGCUGCUCUGAGGAGGAGGAGGGGCCGCUGAGUGUGGAGUAUUAAAGACACUUGAAGAAAACAGCUCAA